AUGGGGUAUCUGAAAAUGCUACCACAUAUAGGCAUCACUUGGUUACAGUUGUUUGUGUACGAUAUUUUAAAUAGAUCCGGAGAGGAAGAGGACCUAACAGAAAAGACUGUUCUUCUGCAAGAAUGUUUGGACCUUCAGAGGGAAGCAGAGACCGUCCUGCAGAAGGAACGAGACGCCAAAGAAGAUCAAAAGAGUAAAGACGAGGAAACAGGAAAAAACAUCCGAAAGAGAGCUCUUGAGGGUCUAAUGAAAAGUAAUUUUAGCUCGACUAUUCGAAGAAUAAGUAGAGCUAUCCUAUAUUCAGUAUCAUACUGGAUCAUUACAUGCACAUUUUUCAUAACAUUUAACUAUUAUUUUAAAAACUUGAUGAUCAUUUCAGACGAAACUACCAGAAAGGCACCAAAAAUGUCGCCACUUGACUUUUUGAAGAUGAAGACUGAAGCAGAAAAGGAUAUCAAAGAGAAGGAAAUGGAACUUAAAAAGAGGGAGUUAAGUCUUCAAGAACAACGAUUCGAGUUAGAAAGAGAAGAAAGGAGAGCAGCUAUUGAGCUUCAGAAACGGCAAAGCGAUGCCAUGCUAAAACUUAUAGAAAAGAUGAAUUAGACAGGAAACUUAAGAUUGAAAUUAACAGU